GCGCUGUUGCCUUCGAGAUUUUUCACAAGCGAAGACAUGAGUGACCGCUUUGAGAUUCUCGAGGAGACGUCCCACGUGCCCGAGAAGGCAGCGAAGGAAGUCGAGCCUAACGACGAUGUCCAUGACUUGAAUGAGCUGAUGGACGAGUUGAGUGUGGAGACGAAGGAUGUGAAGAAGGCGUCUGAGGCGAAGGAACAAGGCAACGAGUUCUUCAAAGCAGGUCGAUACUUGGAUGCCUACGACUUGUACUCAAAGGCCCUUCGCCUCUGUCCAUUAGAAGACGAAUAUGCGUACAACAAGGCCGUGUACUUUAGCAACCGUGCGGCGUGUCUUCUCCACUUGGGCCGGCCUGAGGAAUCAAUCGAAGACUGCACCAUGGCCAUCACAAGUUCCCCCAAAUAUGUCAAGGCGUACAUGCGCCGCUCUCAAGCGUACGAGAAGUUGGACAAGAUGGACGAAGCGCUCCAAGAUGUCAAGGCGGUGCUCGAGAUCGACGCCACAAUCCCAUCCGCCAUCGACGCAGAGAAGCGUCUGUCGGCGGUGGUGGCGGAGCGACAGGAGAAGAUGAAGGCGGAGAUGCUGGACAAGCUCAAGGGCUUUGGCAACACGAUCUUGGGCAAGUUUGGCCUGAGCACGGACAACUUCCAGAUGGUCCAAGACCCCACGACCGGGUCGUACAACAUCAACUUUUCACAAACGAAAAAGCCUUAAAGAAGCGUGUUAUAAUACCGGUCUCCAUAGUCGCCCAAGCCUGGUACGAUGUACUUGUACUCGUUCAGAU